CUGCGACACGGGCUGUGAACACAGUGUCACGUGAUACAGGCUGUCGCCACAGCGUCACGUGGUACUGGCACCAGCAGCACGUGGUGUGAAGUUGAUGCAUUACAGGUGGGAGGAGCAAUGUGACGUCACUUUCCCACUUCCUCCGGUACUGGCAGCUGAGUGCAGCAUUCAGUUGUCACCUACCCGAGCACUUGCAGCCUCUUUAUUGCCUUUUUGUCAAAUACACAUUUGUCCGGCGGUUUGAGAGACGGGAGGUGGUGUCUGGGGCACCUGUCCUCCGUUGUCACCUGCUGGCUGGAUGUGUUAGAGAGAAGACUGAGUCAAGUCUACACACUCUACACACCCUGCAGUUAUUCGUGUUGCCACCCCGUGAGACAAAGCCACCCUGUGAGACAAUUUUUCAGAAGUUCAAUCAAGAGCACAUCUGGAAUUUUCUUCGUCAGAGAUCUCCGCACACUACUUGCACAGGGAGAGGACAAACAAGCAUGCUGUUGUCGCGGCCGUUGAUGUUCUCACUCAUGCAUGUCACCCUUGUGACGUCAUCAGUCAUGCGCAGCACGCUGUACCAGAGGCGCCGUGCGAUGCGCCUGCCAAGCGCCCAGAGUUAUCUCCCUUGCCAAGAUGGCCACUGCCCAGGGGGACGAUCCUCUUGCGUCGUGGCCUGCACGUCAGACCCCUCGUGCAGUAGCGUCAACAUCCGGGUCCUGGACGGCCAGUGCGAGUGCAGCGCCGCCAGUUUCUUUCAGUUUGGUGCGCAUGUGCAGACCGACGGUGACUGGGAGAACUACAGCCCCUUGGACACCGACGUGACUGACGGAGACUGGAUUCUGGUGUUUCGAGCCCAAAGCGAUGCCAACAUCGACAACACCCAGGAGGACAACAUGAUGGCGGCGUGGAACACCUCGGUCAACAGCAACGACCACCUGGAGGACGUGCCCCUUGACUGUUUCUACAGCAACAAGGGCAACUGCCAAUCCUUCUACCGCACCAGCUGGCUGGACACGUGGCCCUCCAGCAUCAUUGAUCAGGUUCGUUUGUCUCUGUACACUAAUGGCGCCGAGGUGGUGAAGCUGGUCUUCAAUGGGACCGGAAGCACGCGGGACAACUGGUUUGACCGCUCUCGUCUGCUCUCCAGUCCCUGGGCCGACCUGACCAGCACUUCAUCGGCAGUCUUCUCUCUGCGAGGAAGCAAUUUCUCAACUUUUGACAUCGGGACCUUCAGCCCCAACACGUGUUCUUACCCAGGGUGGCUCAUGGUGCUGAGCAAGGCUUCCAACUGGUGUCCGUUUGCCUCACAGGAGACGCUUGGGGAGACUGUAGCAUACGACCCACUCUACAAAACACCACAGUUUCUGUAUGCUGCUCAGACUCAGAUCGACUUCAACCAGGAACCCUAUAAGAAAGCUGAGGUCCUGGCCAUCUUCAUCAAACUGCUGUAGGAGCCAAAGUUCCAGAAUGCGGUCCACGAAUGUUGUGUUCGUCACAACCAAUGUCCACCUCGCACAGGACUUGAAUGUUCCUCAGAGAAGCGGACAAAACUUAUUUUCUCGCCGCCAUUCGUGAAAACAAAUCUCUGUUAACCCAUGAAAUAUUACUUUAUAAUUAUAUUUAUUUACAUAUAUAUCCAACACAGCAACAUGCAGCAUGCAAACAGUCACAGCGCGCUGUGGGAUGUGUUUGUAAAGUAGUCUGACAGCUGUUUCCAUGUGCUUUUCAAAGUGUUGGGUCUUUCGUGGACUAAAUUCCAAUUACAAAUUUCUACAUCGUCUGUACACAUCGUCUGUACACAUCGUCUGUACACAUCGUCUGUACAAUCAUCUGUACACAUCAUCUGUACACAUCGUAUGUACACAUCAUCUAUACACAUCAUCUGUACACAUCAUCUGUAGACAUCAUCUAUAGACAUCAUCUAUACACAUAGUCUGUACACCUCGUCUGUACACAUCAUCUAUACACAUCAUCUGUACACCUCGUAUGUACACAUCGUCUGUACAAUCAUCUGUACACAUCGUCUGUACAAUCAUCUGUACACAUCGUCUGUACACAUCAUCUAUACACAUCGUCUGUUCAGCCCACCACUCAGUGUCCCACUUCACCAUCCUCUGUGUGUGUGGACCGUGCAAGUUCUCCUCAAGCAGGAGAUGUGCUUUUGACAUCAUCUUUCAAUGUUAUUAAAAUUAUCUCCAUCCUGUUAUUGAGUCUAUUAUUUUAUAUUUGUUCGAGUCACUGCUGCCCUGGACAGUUGAGUGAACAGUGUUGCAAACUCCACUUUGUGAUAUGAACAACACGGUUUAUUUGCCCUCGUUUCGUGCGAUUUUUAAUAUUGUUUUCUUGAUAUUCUCUUUUCAUUAUCAUUGCAUGACUUUUAGUCGGCAAUAUUUUUAUGCUGGGACCAGGUUAGUUGAGACAAGUUGUGGGUAUUGUGUAGGCCGUGACAUGUCAGACAGCUUGUGUGGGUGUGAUGUCUACAUGGUGACACCCUUCACACCACGCUCUACACACUGACAUACACAUGUGUACAUGCUGUAUAGUUAGCUUACACACCAUGCCAUACACACUAACACCUACACAUACACAUACUAAGGGGGAUAACCCUUGUCUCUGGCAAAGAAAGAUAAUUUGAGUGUGACUACUCUGUGGGGCUAACAAGGAGACACUGUAUCCUGUCUACUGUAUAGUGGCUCACUGUGACAAGCAGCUCGCACAGUUAUCUAUGUAGACAUAUAUAUCCGCAUACUUAUUGCCGGAACUAGCAGACAGCCUCUUGGUGCACAUACACCCUCCGCUGAGUGCUGUGCUUACCUCACACACACACACACCUCUUUGUACGUGUGCACGUGUGUGUGUGUGUGUGCGUGUGUGUGUGUGUGAGAGAGAGAGAGAGAGAGAACUGUAACUUCAUUAACAGAGGGCCUCGGACCUCCAGAUGUGAGGUCAAGUACAACCAUUACUCACAUCAAUAAUUAUUUUUCACUGUAAUUAGAAUCAUAAGAACAACAACACUGUGACGAUGUCGACUGUUGAUAUUUUUGGUUGCAUUUGUGUCCUGCCCUAACCUCUGAUACAAAGUAAAUAAACAUUUCCACAAAAUGACUAAUCUGGGCGUUUUCAUUUUGUAACAAAAAAACAAGAGACUUUUGUGAGUUUUGACAUUACUGAGAUACUUGUCUUGUAGAUGAUCGUACUUACAACUCUCCAUCAUAAAGUGUUUCUUGUCUUCAAUGUUUGCACAACAUGGACACAUCUUCCUUUGAUUACUGUAGAACUUAUUAACAUUCAGAGUAUUCUGUAGAACUGAUUUACAUUGAGAACAUUUGACCCAACCUUAGCUUUAUAAACCGUACACAGUUCUGUACAUAGUGUUGUACACAGUUCUGUACAUAGUGCUGUACAUAGUUCUGUACAUAGUGUUGUACAUAGUAUUGUACACAGUUCUGUAC